GUAAGAAAAACGAUCCGCCACAUCAUUAAGGUACGCAUGAUAGUCCCGGACGUAUCGAACUGCGCGCGAGUGCGCGUCCUCCCCUUACCUUCCCCCACCCACGUUGAUGAAAACAGAGCCGCCCAGCGAAGAGCACGAAGGGCCAAAGGACAUCCCGGCGUCAAUCGCUUCACGGGAUUGAGUCGUUUCAGCGACAGGGUGCCAAGCAUCGACUGCAUCUGCGUGGAGGAUCCAUGCGUGCAGACUGACACGCGUUGCGCAUGGUUCUUCCACUACACGAAUUGA